UUUUCCCCUUUCUUUUGUAGGAAAGAGAGCUCCAACUGGACUUACUGAUUGUUAAACAGUGUGACAUAUACAACUAGUGCCUUUGUUUUGCACUCAAUGUUGCAGGUUGGUGGUUUAAAUAGUCUCCCUCUCCCAGCUGUUUUCAUCUCGUGAAUCUUUGCUUUCACCAGCCUCUGCCAUGAAGCUCCUUGCAUUUUUCAAAGUUGUACGUGCCCCUCCCACACUUUCUAAAAUAACUGGUCCACUACAAUGUCGUCUAUUCCAACCUGAUUUUGUUCCCAGAGAUCCUAAGGCCAAGCCUAAGAGGUACAAGUAUCCUGCUUUUUAUGAUCCCUAUGGUCCCAAACCCCCACCUUCUGAUAAGAUCCUCCAGCUUGCGGAGCGUAUUGCUGCUCUAGCCCCUGAGGAACUCAAGCAGAUUGGUCCUACACUUAGAGACAAGCUUAGGCAUCCCAAGAUGCAGCCAAUAUCAACAGAAGGCAUGGAUUUGGGUUCUCAGGGAGCUGCAAGUGGGUCUGCAAAAGCUGAGGAGAAGAAGGCAGAGAAGACAGCAUUUGAUGUGAAAUUAGAGAAGUUUGAUGCGGCAGCAAAGAUCAAGGUGAUUAAGGAGGUAAGAGCAUUUACCAGUCUGGGACUGAAGGAGGCUAAAGACCUAGUAGAGAAGGCACCAAUCUUAUUGAAACAAGGGGUAACCAAGGAGGAGGCAAAUGAUAUUAUAGAGAAGCUCAAGGCUGUGGGUGGUGUUGCAGUGAUGGAGUGAAGAGCUUCACUGGUGUAGGUUUUCCUUCACUGAAGUGCCUUAUUUGAAUCAAGUUCUCAAUUUUGCUAUUUUGCUGCAUCUUGGCAGAUGAAAGUCCAUAUGCUUACUGUUCUCUUGGAAGUUCAAUCUGCAUUGAAUAAUAGACUUGCUUCAAAGCCUUAACUAAACAUGGUUUAAUCAUCAAACCUUUAUUUUUUUUUUAUUUCUUUUUAUUUUCUUUGUGACAUUACCUUGUAACAAGAAUUCUGAUAUUUCUAUCACCAAUGAAAUGUACACGUAGGCAAAUC